UCCACAUUUGCCGCAGCAUGCCAAGCAGCGUCCGUCUCGAGAGCCCGCUGCAGUCGCUCGAGUGGGUGGAGCCGACGCCGACGCCGUCGGCCUGCGCGCUCUGCCAGCGCGCGUUUCACUUUCUCCGGCAUCGCCACGUCUGCCGCAUGGUAGCCCAUCCUCGUGCGCCGUGUAUAUCAUCCAUCGACCUGUAGUGCCAAGGCUCGGUGUGCAAGCAAUGCUUGAGCAAGAAGCCGCCCAACUCGGUCAAGCUCUCGGGCCGCUUCGCCAAAUGCUGCCACGAGUGCUCGCACCGCCGCAGCGCGCCGUCGCUGCCAGCCUACGACACGCCAUCGCCACUGCACGCGACCGAGCGCCAGCGGCUCGCGAUGCUGCACACGGCCUUGGACGUCAUGAGCCUUCGACCAGAGGCGUUUCAGCAAGGCCUUGACGCGCUCUGCCACUUUGCGGCCGACGCGUUCCAUAGCCCAAUCGUCGCCGUGACCUUUAUGGAGGCCAACGUGCACGUCUUCCAGGCCGCGGUCGGUGUACGCAGCCUCCCGUGCCUUCCGCGGGCCGACGCCCUCUGCAACGUCGCGAUUACGUCCAAGCACCUCAACGUCUACGUCGACUUGGCGGCCGCGCCCACCAAGUACGCAACGAACUCGUUCGUGCUGGCGCACGGCGUCCAGUUUUACGCCGGCGCGCCCAUCUUAGUCAACGACGCCGCGAUCGGAACAGUGUGCCUCAUGGGUCCGUCGCCGCGGCGGCAGUGGAGCGACAUGGAGACCGACCUCCUCCUCCUCCUUGCGCGGCUAGUCGCCGCCGAGCUGCUCAACAUACCGCCAAUGGGGCGGGUACCGCGUCGCAACUGCGCAACGCCGCGCGAGAUGCUACUCCUCCGCGGGUCCGAGACCGAGAACCACACUGCCCACGCGCGCACAUUGAGCCAAGCACGGACUAGCGCGAUGCUGUCGCCGCGUCCGCACUCAUUUUCGUCCGCGAGCAGUCUCAUGCUCGACCCGCGCGACUGGGUGCCCAACCAUGCGCGCAGCGGGUGUCGCGUCUGCCGCCGCAAGUUUUCAUUUCCAUUUCGACGCAAGCACCACUGCCGCAUGUGUGGCGAAGUCGUCUGCAACGGCUGCUCGCGCCUACGCCCGUUCGUCUUGCCACUGCAGUCGCACUCGGUCCAGAUCCGCAUUUGCUCGGAAUGCCACGUGAGCCGGCCACCGGACGUCCCGACGUUCUCGCCCAACAUUCGCCUUGUCCAUGCGUCACCGACGGCCGACGACUACCUCGUCUUUGCCCGCGACGACGCGCUACUGAGCAUGUGCCCCAAGCAGCGCGCGUCCACCAUGUACCACAACAGCCUCGAGGUUGAGAAGCUCGCCCGCGCGUUCGCCGAGCUGGUGUAUGCACCCACAGCGUACCUCACGCCGGCGUCGGAUGCGAUGGGUAUGUGGAUGACGCUGCCGACGCCCGAGGCCCGGCGCACGAUCCAGCAUUUGCUCUCGGACUUGCUAUUUCUCGAGCACUAACUAACACGGUCAUAGAACCAAGGGUUAAAUGUCGCAGUGGCCGCAUCGUAAGUCAAGGCAUCCUUGUUACCACACGCAAAAUCGAGGGAAAAAUCGAGG